AUGUGCCGCUUUGUUGUCUAUAAGGGGACGUCUCCCGUUGAAUUGUCGCAUCUUCUCACCAAGCCAUGUCAUUCCAUCAUUAAUCAGGCUUUCGACUCGAGACUUCGACUCGAUCGACGGAGACCCAUGAACGGUGAUGGAUUCGGUGUCGGUUGGUAUGACUCUGUUUAUGAUGAAGAAUCCUACCAGCCCUGUAUAUUUACAUCAAUAACUCCAGCAUGGAAUAAUGUGAAUCUUGUGCGGCUAGCCGAAAAAAUCAAGUCUCCUCUGGUCUUUGGUCAUGUUAGAGCAACAACAGCGGGCUCGCUUUCCCUCGAUAACUGUCAUCCUUUUGUUCAUGGACGACUAAUGUUCAUGCACAAUGGAGGGAUCGCGGACUUUCCACUUGUCAAGAGAAGACUCCAAGCUGAUCUACCUGAUGUCGCUUUCAAUAAAGUGCAAGGGAAUACAGGCGAGGAAUUUUAUAAUACCUUAUUCGAUGUGUUACUGAACUUCUUUGCAGACUCCGAAUGGGCUUUCGCGUUGUUCUUGUCAAAGCUUCCAGACCCCAAUGCGAAAUCAUUCACCACAGCCAUGUUAAGGGAUGCUAUGUUUAAAACCAUAGCUUCCUUGAACCAUUAUGCGGAAGAAGCGGGCAUUACAGAGCCCAGUUUAAUGAACUUUUGUGUCACUGAUGGAGAAACGGUUAUUGCCACUCGCUAUAUAUCUUCCAAGACAGACGAGGCCGCGUCACUGUGGUACUCUUCUGGAACAACUUUCAGCGAAUUCGGUGGAGGAGGUCAUUACAAAAUGUCAAAAGCUGACAAACGAGAAAAUAUCAUCAUGGUCGCAAGUGAACCUCUGACGUUUGAAAGAGCGGAUUGGAUGGAAAUCAAAACGAAUAACAUGGUCGUGGUUACCCCAAAGAUGAAUCUACUUCAGAUACCUAUUGUCGACAAGUUUUAUGUACCUCCUUCAGACCCAGCAUCUCUCACCCGUACGACAGAGUUUGCCCGAGAGAAAGGUCUUUUAGUACCAAGAAGCAUGGAAACAAUGGAAUCGGAAGAAUUGCACUGA